AUGAGCCGAGCCGGAUAUAAAGGCCAAUAUGGCCAUCAUGACGUUCCAGAAGAAGAUAAGAUAAAGCUCGAUGCUCUCUACAUGCAAGCUACCACAGGAGAUUACGGUAGGUCCAACAACGGGACCUUAGUUAGCGACAUGCUUAUUUAUUGGUCAUAGCC